ACUUUUGACAGUCGUAUGUCAUCUGGUCGGAGCCUCUUCCGCUUCUAAACGCGAACGUGAAAGCACAAUGAAGCAAAUUGUUACAAAUCAAACUGUAACCAUCCCUGAUGGGAUUACAGUCACAGCCAAGUCCCGCAUGAUCACGGUGAAGGGACCCCGUGGCACCCUGAAGCGUUGCUUCAAACAUUUGGCAUUGGACAUUCGUAUGGUCAACCCCAAGCUGUUAAAAGUUGAGAAAUGGUUUGGUACCAAGAAAGAAUUGGCGGCCGUCCGCACAGUGUGCUCUCAUGUUGAAAACAUGUUGAAAGGUGUAACUAAGGGUUACCAAUACAAAAUGCGUGCGGUAUAUGCCCAUUUCCCAAUUAACUGUGUGACAAGUGAAAACAACUCUGUCAUUGAAAUCAGAAAUUUCUUGGGAGAGAAGUACAUUCGCCGCGUUAAGAUGGCACCGGGCGUGACUGUCUCCAACUCCGCUAAGCAAAAGGACGAGCUUGUUCUCGAGGGCAACUCGCUGGAGGAUGUUUCCCGAUCGGCGGCUCUCAUUCAACAGUCGACGUCGGUGAAGAACAAGGAUAUCCGUAAAUUCUUGGAUGGUCUGUACGUUUCUGAGAAAACCACCGUUGUACAAGACGAAAUUUAAGUCGCUUGUAUUUGUAAUUAAUAAAAAAAUAAUUUCUUAUACCGAGAACACAAUAA